CGGUUGCUGUGGCAGCAGCAUUCAGCUCCAUCCAAUCCCUCUCAGGUGCUUCACUUCAACUGAAUAACAAAGCAGCACAGUCUGUGCCUUGAUCUAGCAGUCUUUGCUUGUUGAAUACUCUGUGGACUUUCGGUAAAGAUCUAUUCAAUAUGUCGAUGGGGUUGGAGAUUGUGGGGAUUUCCCUUGGAUUCAUUGGAUUGAUUCUUGCGAUCGUAACAUGCGCCCUCCCAAUGUGGAAGGUGUCAGCGUUCAUCGGCGCCAACAUCAUCACGGCUCAGAAUGUCUGGGAGGGCUUGUGGAUGUCUUGCGUGGUCCAAAGUACAGGUCAGAUGCAGUGCAAGUCCUAUGACUCCAUGUUAGAAUUGCCUCAGGACCUUCAAGCCUCCAGGGCAAUGACAAUCAUUGCUAUACUACUCGGAGUGCUGGGGAUCAUGAUCUCUAUUGUAGGAGCCAAGUGCACCAACUGCAUAGAAGAUGAGGCAUCCAAGGCCAAAGUGGUCAUCAUCUCUGGGAUUUUCUUUGUCCUAGCAGGCCUUUUGGUCCUGAUUCCUGUGUCUUGGUCUGCCAGUGUCAUUGUCCGGGACUUCUACAAUGCAAUGCUGUCUCCUCCUCAGAAGAGAGAGAUUGGGGCAUCUCUCUAUAUCGGUUGGGGUUCAGCCGCCCUCUGCCUGAUCGGAGGAGCAAUGCUGUGCAGCCGCUGCCCACCCAAGGAAAAGAAGUACAAAGCACCCAGGAUGGCGUACUCUGCCCCCCGCAGUGCAAGUGCUGGUGGAGGGUAUGACAAGAAAGACUAUGUUUAAACCACUCUAAAUUGUCUGAAGAAUUUAUUUUGAAAGUAGUUUGAAUGUUAGUUGCAUUUCUGUGUUUGUAAAGAUGUGUCCUGCUUGUUCAUUGCUGUCUCAAAGAUCGGGGUAAGCCCCUUUGAAUGACUCCGAAAUGAAGAUUUUCUAAACUUUUUCAUCUUUGUCUUAUUUUUUUUUGGUCAACAUGUUAAUUUACAAACUCUUGGUCUAUUAUGCAUGAAGAACGGGAGCAUUAGAGCUUUGUUUUUUUGUUAAAAAUGAUCAUAAUCCCUUCAAACGUUACACUGGAAUUUGUAACUCUAGUCUCUGCGACUGUGAAAAUUUAAACCCACUUUCGACUUUUGCAGUAGAUAGCUGGUGGCAAGGAGUUAUGUUACAUUGAAAAUUGCUGGGAAAACGUUGCGUGUCAUGUCACCUGACUAUGACAAGGAAGAGCUGGCUCUCGUUUUACAUGGAUUUGUUUGGAUGAUCGUUCAGUGUGUGCCUCUCUGUGCGUGUUUUGCAUGUAAUAUUUGCUUAAGAAGGUUUCAGCUGAGACUGAAACUAAAGAUGAAUCAUUGAUAUCAUUUCAUCUUAUCAAGAUGCUUUUUGAGUUUCACCCUGUACAAACAAAAUCUUCUUUUUUUUUAUUAAUGUUGAAAUGUUUUUUAUUUUUUUCACUCUCUUCUUACACUUCAUAUCGAUAUGUGUUUUAAAUAAUCUUAUUUACCACAUUUGGGUGACAAAUAAUAGGUCAUAAAUCACUAGAUCUUGAAAGGAAAAGCUUCAUCAACUGUGUUUCCUUCACUGUUCUGAACACAAUGGUAAUGUUUUAAAUGUAUACAAAUAUUAUCACAAAUAAUGUUUCUGUACUUGUAUGAAGAAAUAUUUUUUCAUUCAUAACCCUGUUAAAGAUUUCAAUAAAAGUCAUUUUU